CAUAUCUGCUAAAUUGAUAAAAUUAAAAAUGAAAUCUUGCUGAUCUUCUGAACACAAUCUUGUACAUAAUCAAAGUGAUGACGCUCAUUCUAUUCCACUCCUGAAUCAUCGGCUGAACCUUAGUAAAGAGGGGUCUCAAAAGAGUGACCUUCAAGAUCAGAAUAAUAAUGCUGCCUUUGAUUCUCCCAGGAACUUUGUGUUUGGCUGAAUCUGGCUGUUCACAUGUGUAUUUACUUGUGCUAUUAUUGGACCAAUGGUUCUUGCAAUUCCUUGUAAAGGUGCAUAUGUUUCUACGACAUGGAGAACUCAAGGGGCUAUCUUUUCUAUUGGAAUUUAUCUUGUUUAUCAUUAUUGAAGCUUAGACUCAGUUAAUAUUUCAAAUAAAAACGAGGGAAAUCAAAAUGAAGCUAGCAAGUUAAAAGCUAUCAAAACUGAUUUCUCUAUAACCAACCAAGGAAAGAGUGCUGUCAUGGCAGCCCUUCUGUUUGUGUGGGUAUUUGGCUUCAUAGUUGGGUGAAAAUAUACUCUUGCCUCACAUGCAGAUGUAUUAUAUUCGAGUUGUGGAGUGUAUUUGCUAAUUAUCUCAGUAAUGGCCUGCCAAUAUGUUCACAAAUAUGAGUUCAUUGGAUAUUUUAUUUAUUCGAUUGGCGUUCUUAUCAUGGUCACUGACCCCUUUGCUUUAAAGAAAGAUGAGAGCCAGAAUAAAGCAUUUGGGGAUAUUAUUGCUUUUACAACUUCAUUGGGAGGAGCUCUAUAUGGGAUAUUUAAUGAAAAAGUAAGAAGAGAUACUCCAUUUCAAGUUGAAAUGUUUCAGCUAUUUUGAUUUCAAUUUAUCUUUGAAACAAUUUUGAUUCCACUCUUUGACUUUAACCCAAAGUAUUUUAGUUUUGAUAGACAAUAUGGAAUGUUUGGAUGGCUUAAUGAUUAUUGGAUAUAUCUUAUAGUCCUAUCAGUAUCUUUCAUAACUAACAUUCUUUGGCUUACUUCUCUCAAACAGUCUUAUAAACAUUGGAAAAUAGAAAUUGUUGCUAUUGCCUUCUUGAUUGAACCUUUCAUUGCUCAAGCAACAGCAAUCAUCUUUGGACAAGAUCAAAUUCCAGGGUUCCAAACUUUAAUAGGAAUUUCAAUAAUUAUUCUUGGUAUCUUACUUACAAUUUAUGGGACCAAACUCAAAGUCUCAAUGGCUCAAGAUGGUCAACAAAACAAAGACUCUAUUGAAAUCAAUUUAUCAGAAAUGGAACGUCUGGAUAAAAAUAAUAAAUCUGAUUUAUAA